UCAGCGCUAUCACAUAAUCAUUUUACACUUUAAUUCUUUGCUGCUCCGGCACUUGUUUUUUUUUAUUAAUUGGCAUUCGUUUGUGCACAGAAUCAAUUGCAAAAUGUUCACACGUGUCAUACGUGUUCGCUCAAUGCUGCGCGGCUUAUCCACGGCAGUUGCCUGCACACGCAAUCGUCAUACCCAAAAUUGCAUGGUGGAAUACUUCAACGAGGUGCGAUUGCUGCGAUACAAGGGAGCUGUGUCUGGGAUGCAGCCACAGCGCUUCUUUAGCCGAAAACGGGGCGAUAACGAAGAUGACCUAAUGGGCGAGCCCGAACUUUUGGCUGAUCACCGUGACUCGCAACAGCUGCCGGCGACCGUUGCCGUUCCGGAUGUGUGGCCGCACGUGCCGAUGUUGGCGAUGCGACGAAAUCCUCUAUUUCCGCGUUUCAUGAAGAUCGUCGAGAUCUCGAAUCCAAUAAUAAUGGAUCUGUUGCGUCGCAAGGUGAAGCUAAAUCAGCCGUAUGUAGGCGUGUUCCUUAAGAAAUCCGACGGAGAAGAGGAGAUCAUACACAAGCUGGACGAUGUCUAUUCUGUGGGCACAUUUGCUCAAAUCCAGGAGCUACAAGAUUUGGGCGAUAAGCUGCGCAUGGUGGUUGUCGCGCAUCGACGCAUUAAAAUAACCGGCCAAGUUGUGGAUGAUGUGCAGCCACCUACUAAGCCAGUGAAAAUGACUACUUUGCAUUAUCCACUAUUUAAUAUAAAAUUACGCAUCCCAGCUGAAGAUCAAUCGACUGGUGCGGCUGAUGCAACAGCAAAAUCAGCCAGUCGAAGUGCACGCAAGUCCCGCGGACGCACCCCACGGCGACAAGCACACAAAAUAAACGAUGCAGCCAGUGCUGGGGAGCUUGCGCAGCGCCAAACGCUGGAGCCACCGCUGCCCAGUGGACGUGUGGAAUCAACGGAACCACCUAAACCGACCAAGCCACUGGAAGAUCUUGCAAAACCACCAACAGCUGAUAGUGCUGGUAAGAGCACGGAAACGUCUACAGCCGCUCCGCCUACUGCGCCGCCCGUUCUCAUUGUGGAAGUGGAGAAUGUUAAGCAGCCGGCGUACAAGCAAACCGAAGAGGUCAAAGCUCUGACACAGGAGAUUAUCAAGACUUUGCGCGAUAUUAUCACCAUGAAUCCUUUAUACAGGAAUGCCGAUUUUUGUUAUUAUAGAGAAAGCUUACAGCAAAUGCUGCAUCAGAAUCAGCGAGUGGUUGAUAAUCCUAUAUACUUAUGUGACUUGGGCGCCUCAUUGUCCGCUGGCGAACCAGCCGAACUGCAGAAAAUUCUGGAAGAAACAGAUAUACCACAACGUCUUCUGCUCGCACUGGCGUUGCUCAAAAAGGAAUUGGAGCUAUCACGGCUGCAGCAAAAGAUUGGUCGCGAAGUGGAAGAGAAGGUUAAGCAGCAGCACCGAAAAUACAUACUCCAGGAGCAGCUGAAGGUCAUUAAAAAGGAGCUGGGUAUUGAGAAAGACGAUAAGGAUGCCAUUGGCGAAAAAUAUCGCGAAAAACUCAAAGACAAAACUGUGCCGGAAAGCAUCAAAACUGUUAUUGACGAAGAGCUGACCAAGUUAAAUUUCUUGGAAAGUCACAGCUCGGAAUUUAAUGUUACACGAAACUAUUUGGACUGGCUCACCUCAUUGCCUUGGGGCGUCAUUAGUCCCGAGAAUUUAUGCCUUGAAAAAGCCACCGAAAUUUUAAACAACGAUCACUAUGGCAUGGAAGACAUUAAGAAACGUAUCUUGGAGUUCAUUGCUGUCAGCUCUCUCAAGGGUACUACGCAAGGCAAAAUUUUAUGCUUCCACGGGCCGCCAGGCGUUGGCAAAACGAGCAUAGCAAAGUCUAUAGCACGCGCCUUAAAUCGCGAGUACUUCCGCUUCAGCGUCGGUGGCAUGACGGAUGUGGCAGAGAUUAAGGGUCAUCGUCGCACCUAUGUGGGCGCCAUGCCUGGUAAACUUAUACAGUGCCUGAAAAAGACCAAAACGGAAAAUCCAUUGGUGCUUAUCGAUGAGGUUGACAAGAUUGGCAAAGGUUAUCAGGGUGAUCCUAGCUCUGCCCUGUUGGAGCUGUUAGAUCCCGAACAAAAUUCCAAUUUUCUUGACCAUUAUUUGGAUGUGCCCGUGGAUCUGUCGCGUGUGUUAUUUAUUUGCACAGCGAAUGUGAUAGAUACCAUACCCGAACCUCUGCGCGAUCGCAUGGAACUCAUCGAAAUGUCCGGAUACGUUGCUGAAGAGAAGGUGGCAAUUGCGCGACAAUACCUGAUACCACAGGCUAUGAAUGACUGUGGUCUAACGGAAAAGCAGAUCAACAUUACGGAAGAUGCGCUUAACAUGCUGAUACGCAGCUAUUGCCGUGAAUCUGGUGUGCGUAAUUUGCAGAAGCAGAUCGAGAAAGUCAUACGCAAGGUUGCCUUCCGCCUGGUCAAGAAGGAGGGCGAAGAGUUUCCUGUGAAUGCCGAUAAUUUAACAACGUUUUUGGGCAAGCAAGUCUUCAGUUCCGAUCGCAUGUACAACGUAACCCCAGCUGGUGUUGUAAUGGGCUUGGCCUGGACAGCAAUGGGUGGUUCGUCCUUAUACAUUGAAACCUCCAGGCGUCACAUACGAGCUGAGAAACCUGAAACUAACGCCGGAGUUUUACAUUUGACUGGUAAUUUGGGCGAUGUGAUGAAGGAAUCUGCACAAAUUGCUUUGACCGUGGCGCGAAACUUUUUGUAUACGCAUGACUCAAAGAACAAGUUCCUGGAGCAGGAACACAUUCACCUGCACGUGCCUGAAGGAUCUACGCCAAAAGAUGGACCCAGCGCUGGUGUUACCAUAAUCACGGCCUUAAUUUCGCUGGCCACCGGGAAGCCAGUGCGUCCGGAUGUAGCAAUGACGGGUGAGGUCUCCUUAAAGGGCAAGGUUUUGACAGUGGGCGGAAUUAAGGAGAAGACCAUUGCGGCUCGUCGCAGCGGCGUCACCUGCCUUAUUUUGCCAGCUGACAAUAAAAAGGACUUUGAGGAGCUACCCAGCUUCAUAACCGAUGGCUUGGAAGUGCACUUUGCCAGCGAAUACGAGGAUGUCUAUAGGAUUGCCUUUGGAGACGCAAAGUUGACGGCAUUGCAAAGCGAACCUGACAGUACAUCUGAGACGGCGCGUAUGAAGAUACCAAGCGCAGCCACAGCGACUGCAAAACCUCACAGCACAUAGUCUUAGCCACUAAGUUUAGGCUAAGCUUUGGGUUGGGCCUAGGGGACACACACUGAGUUCACAUAUACCACUUAGAUAUGGCUAAUGUUAACCAAUUUUUAGUAUUUACAUAGGUAUAUGUAUUUAGAGCAAAGCAUUUGUUAAGCUAAUGCCAAG